CCACACCCUGCUCUCAAGUUGUGAUGCAGUUCAUGGGUAGCGUACUUUUGCCCUAUAUUACCACUGGGGCUCCACCACAGGUUUAUUUGUGCCCGGAGCUCAUUGUGGAUUAAACAUCAGCUGAACGGAUUCCUUGCUGGUGAACAAGAUGGCAGAGAGCGGGGCAGAAGGUGAACUACCUCAGAGGCGUCUUGUUGUCAAAGAACAGAAAAAUGGCGAGCUGACAGACUGUGCGCCAUCUGUAGAUGAGAGGAAGCAGAGAGAAAGGGAGGAGCGUGAAUCCCUGGUGUUGUGGAAGAAACCUCUGCUCACACUCCACUACUCCUCCCUAGAGCUGCUCAUCACCCUUAAAGAGUGGACAAGGAGGCUCUGGCAGCAAAGACAGACUGUGUUUGGCCUGCUGAUCCUGCUUAUCCUCCUCUUCAUUGCCUACCUUUUUGAAGGAACACACCAGAAGUAUGUGCGCUACAUGGAGAAGAAGACGCUGUGGUGCGCUUACUGGGUCGGCCUGGGCAUCCUCUCCUCGGUGGGUCUUGGCACCGGCCUGCACACUUUCCUCCUGUACCUGGGACCACACAUAGCAUCUGUGACCCUCGCAGCGUAUGAAUGUGGCACUGUGGAUUUCCCCGAGCCACCCUAUCCGGACCAAAUAAUCUGUCCCCAGCAGGAAGCACCACCACCAGGCUCUGAUGCUGAGCAUGUGGGUGCGGGGGCCGCAGGGGUGGAGGCGGGGUCAGCAGCCCUCCAGGGAACCGUCUCUCUCUGGACCAUCAUCUCCAAAGUCCGUCUGGAAGCUUGUAUGUGGGGUGCAGGUACAGCUAUAGGAGAGCUUCCUCCCUACUUCAUGGCCCGGGCGGCGCGACUGUCCGGUGCAGACCCAGACGACGAGGACUACCAGCAGUUUGAGGAGAUUCUGGACCAGACCCAGUCCACACAGGACUUUGCCACCCAAGCAAAAGUAGCAGUGCAGAGACUCAUCCAGAGGAUCGGGUUCUUUGGCAUUUUAGCGUGUGCCUCUAUUCCAAAUCCCUUGUUUGACCUGGCAGGAAUAACAUGUGGACAUUUUCUGGUCCCCUUUUGGACUUUUUUCGGCGCAACGCUCAUUGGAAAAGCGGUCAUCAAAAUGCACAUUCAGAAACUGUUUGUGAUCGUCACCUUCAGCAGGCACAUAGUGGAACAGAUGGUCUCCCUCAUCGGAGCUGUUCCACUGCUGGGUGCGGCACUGCAGAAGCCUUUCAGGGAGUACUUGGAGGCCCAGAAGGCCAAGCUGCACCAUCACGCCGGAGAGGGGAUCCCAACUGAGGAGAACUGGCUGUCGUGGCUCUUUGAGAAGGUUGUGGUCAUCAUGGUAUGCUUCUUUGUCUGCUCCAUUGUCAACUCCAUGGCCCAAAGUUACGCCAAGCGCAAGCAGCAGGAGAAGCACUCUGAGGGCAAGACAGAGUGAAGGCCAGAUCGCGAUCACAACUUCAGAAGCGUUGGUGCUCCUCCAAGCUCCCACCACUCCUUUCCUCAUUUCUGCUCUCCCACCGGGUUGAUACCCCACCAUUAUCUGAGGCAAAAUAUCAGCCUCCAUCUGGUUUCUCUCUUGUUAUUGUAGCAACAUGUUUAUGCUGAACAUGGACUUCCAUUUAUUUGCUUUUGAAGGCUUUUGCAUUUGGUAGUGAUUUUCCACGAUUGUUCUCUGUAAGGUAGGUGCUUGUUGGAGUGUGUGUGUAAGCUGUUGUGUUGGUAAUGCAUCCAUGUUGGUGCUUUUAGCAGCUCCCGAGCACGUGAGAAGAAGCUGCUGGCAAUAAUUUUCCUCGGUGAGGCCUUAAGCUGCACUGUU